AUGCACCCUCUAAUAUCUAAGAAAUAUUGUGCGUUAAAAAGAGCAGCUGAUUUACUCAAAAACUAUAUCUUGACAUUCUAUUUUUCUCUCAAACCUCCUUCCUCCCUCUCUCUUUCUUUCUUUCACAUUCUCUGUCUCUCUCUGUCUUUCUCUCUCUAUGUCUUACAUCACAGUCUUUAUCUGCUGGUGAUUCUAUCACUCCCUUCAUUGCUUCUUUUCUUACCUUCCCAUCUAUCUAUCUAUCUAUCUAUCUAUCUAUCUAUCUAUCUAUCUAUCUAUCUCAAUUCCAUAUCUAUCUAUCUAUCUAUCUAUCUAUCUCUCAAUUCCAUAUCUAUCUAUCUAUCUAUCUUAAUUCCAUAUCUAUCUAUCUAUCUAUCUAUCUAUCUAUCUAUCUAUCUUAAUUCCAUAUCUAUCUAUCUAUCUGUCUAUCUUAAUUCCAUAUCUAUCUAUCUAUCUAUCUAUCUCUCAAUUCCCUAUCUAUCUAUCUAUCUCAAUUCCAUAUCUAUCUAUCUCAGUUCCAUAUCUAGCUAUAUAUCUAUCUAUCUCUCAAUUCCAUAUCUAUCUAUCUAUCUAUCUAUCUAUCUCUAUUCCAUAUCUAUCUCUCUAUCUAUCUAUCUCAAUUCCGUAUCUAUCUAUCUAUCUAUCUAUCUAUCUAUCUAUCUAUCAAUUCCAUAUCUAUCUAUCUAUAUAUUUAUCUUAAUUCCAUAUCUAUCUAUCUAUCUAUCUAUCUAUCUAUCUAUCUAUCUAUCUAUCUAUCUAUCUAUCUCAAUUCCAUAUCUAUCUAUGUCCGUCUCCCCGCUAUCUCUGUGUUGCCAGUCUCCACCCACGGCCAAGCUACUCUACCGAUACUACGUACUCUGCUUCUCCUUCUUAAAAUCUCUGUCUGUUUACACAAUAGACUUCCGGUGUCCAUUUCUUUCUCUCUCUUCAAUAUCUCUCUCUCUCUCUCUCUCUCUCUCUCUCUCUUUCUCUCUCCUUGUCUCUUUCUGUUUAUCCCAUCCCCGUCUAUUUCUUUCUUUGACGCUCCUUUUUUAUCCGCUCUUACACUCUUUCCCUUUCUUUCUCUCUCUCUCUCUCUCUCUCUCUCUCUCUCGCUUUGAAAUUUUCAUUUCCUUUCUCUUUUUCCCUUUGGCAUCCACUCUUUCUCCUUUUUUUUCUCUUUUCCCCUCUCUCUCUUUCACUCACUCACUCACUCACUCACUCUUUUUUUUACCCUUUACAUUUUCUUUCUCUUUUGGCGUCUUUUCUUAUUUUCUUUUCUCUUUGACUUUCUCUUUUUCCUAUAAUCUACACACCAUCUUUCUCUCACGCGCGCGAUCUUUCUCCCCCCUCUCUCUCUCCUUCGCGCUAUUUAACCUCUCUCUCUCUCUCUCACGCCCUCUCUCUCUCUCUUUCUCUCCAUUUUUCUCUCCUCCUUUCUUUCAUUCCUUUCCCUCUUGUCUUACGUUUCCAUUUACUCUCUCCAUAUCUUUCUCUCUCUCUAUCCUUUACUCACCUCCUCUCUCACUCGCUCUCUUUCUCCCCCUCUCUCUCCCUUCUUCUGUUCAUCCUCAUCUCUUUCACUCUCCUUUGACCCUCUCUCUUUCUCUCUCUUUCUCUCGAUCUUUCUCUCCUCCUUUCUUUCAUUCCUUUCUCUCUUGUUUUUUUCUCGUUUAA